CCUGUGUGACAGCCGAGCCGUCAACACAACAUCUGGAGGUGGCCGAGCUGCUGUGCUUCCGUUAAUAUGUUGACUGUAGGAAGAGUUACUGUGCUCUGCCUGGUUGUGGUGACGGCAGCACAACAGAGAGUGGCCCCUGGAGUACCUACGGGACAAUAUCAAGGUGGACAACAACAACAGGUAUCUGCUCCUGGUGUGCCACCCCAGCAACAGCAGUACCAGCAAGCACCUGGUGUUCCUCCUCCACAGCAGCAGCAGCAGUAUCAACAACAGCAACAGUAUCAACAACAACAGCAGCAGUACCAACAGCCCCCUCCUCCUCCACAGCAGCAAUACCAACAACCUCCACAGCAGCAGUAUCAACCCCCUCCACAACAGCCACCACCUCAACAACAGCAGCAGCAUUACCAGCCAACACAAGUGGGAGGAGGCCAUCAGACUCAACACAACCAGCAGGGUCACCACAACCAAAGAGUCCUACAUGCUCCCAACCUUAGCAAGGAACGUGAUCACAUUAAGGAUCAUCUUGAGGUACCUAUUGACACAUCAGGAAUGUCUGAACAGGAGCUUCAGUUCCAUUACUUUAAGAUGCAUGAUGCAGAUAACAACAACAAACUGGAUGGGCAGGAGCUCAUCAAGUCUCUUUUCCAUUGGCAUGAUGCAGCCAACCAUGAUCAAGGGAAAAACGGUCAUGCUCCACCUGAACCUAAACUCUUUACUGAUGAUGAAUUAGUGAAUAUGAUUGAUCCAAUCUUGCUUCAGGAUGAUAAAAAUAAAGAUGGCUUUAUUGAUUACCCAGAGUUUGUUCAAGCACAACGUAAUGCUGCUGCAGCAGCAGCCAGUUCCAAUGCUCCGUAGAGGCAUUCAUCCUUAGUUAUCUCUUGUGGAAGUUGAUAACUACAGUACUGUACAUUUAUGAAGAAUAUUUUUUGAUCAUCUUUAAGCAUUAUAUUUAGACCAUGAAUGAUUAAAAUCAUCAAUGUAUUUGUGGAAUUUUUUUUUUUUAUAAAAUUAAAUCUGUGCUUCCAUAUAGGGGUGCAAUUGGAAGGGAAUUUAUGAAAGGAGUCAUAAAUAGUUUGAAGACAACAAUUUAGUGACUUUCUCCUCAGGGUAGAAUUGACAGGAAUUUUGAUAACAUGAUUGACAAGAGGUAAAAUUGAUGUACAGCUGAACAUUUGCUUAUAGAUUAUGGAAUUCUUGUUGAGGAUUAAUCUUUGUAUCUUGGAAUUAAGGAUAUUUAUUAUAUUUGGUGUUGUGAUAUUUCACAUACAGCUGCAUCCUACCAUAGAUGGUUCAGAGAAUUAUUGUUACGUAUAUGGUACAAGCAAUUGUCAUAGCUUAUUGAUUCCUGUAAUGUGAGACCACAAAAUGGAAGUACGAUUACAGUUAAAAUACUUUUACUGGAAUUUCUGCAGUAGUUGUGUACGGAGGGUCCCUGGGUUACGAAUGGGUUCCGUUCCUGAGGACGUUCUUAAGUCGGAUUUAUACGUAAGUCGGAACACAUGCUGUGUGCAUACUGUACAGGUACUUACAGAACAAUGUUUAAAAUCUCAUUACAUCAUAGCUUAAUUCCUUAUAUACAGUACAUAUAAAAUCACUUAAUUUGAGAGAAAAGAAGAAAUAGUGACAAAAUUCAGUAAAUGAAAGUAGAAAAUACGUCCUCAUGUAAAUUAAAUAUAAUGUAAAUUUCAAGUUUAACCCCAUUCAUAUUGGCGGAUGUUCUUAAGUUGGGGAUCCCCUGCAUUUUGUAUGAUUAUUAUUACGUAUUAUUAUUAUUAUUAUUGUUUUGUUUUUUUGUAAUUGAAUUAACUUUCUCUGAAGACUAUUGUGCCUGUGAUGCUUCUUACAUAAAAUCAUGCCUAGUGUGUGAUAGGGUUGCAAA